UUGUGGGAUGAGGAGGGACUUGAAGACAGAAAAGAUGUUGUUAUAAGCAAAGAAAUGGAUUACGUGAGUUGGGAGUACCCUGUUCUACCAAACGAUGAGUCGUUUGACAUAGAGAUCUCCAACAUCAGGAUUAAGGGAGUUCAUAAAUUUGAACAGAAAAACUUGGAUAGUACAGAUGCAAACGAAGAUUUGGUAUUGGAAGUCGAUGGUGUAAAGCUUCACUGCCACAGUCCGAUUCUAUCUUGGAACUCGGAGAUCUUCAGAGCUAUGAUCGAAGAGGGCAAAGUGUCUUCUGAAAUCUAUUUGAAGGAUACGAUUCCACUCCUGGAACUUCGAGAGCUUCUUCAUUAUCUCUACUUACCUUGUGAGCCAGUCGAUGAUCAUAACUUCCGACAGUUGCUUCAUUGGGGACAUAAGUUCGAAGUGAAACAUGUCGUUCAAUUGUGUCAACACUACAUGGAAUCACUGGUGCUGGGCCCAAGUAUAACCGACGCAAUACGAAUAGAAAUCUUCCUCCUGUCUUGGAGAUACUCCGUUGAACACUUGAAGAAUAUUUACGCAAGAAAAGAAACUUGUUUUGUAUCUUCCGACUGGAUGAUGAAGGCUCUUCCUGAUCGCAAUUAUAUUCUAAACAACAUCAUAAAAAGCGAUCAAACCUCAGCUCAGAAGAGAUUCCGUUCUCAUUUGAGAAGGUUCGUAUUAGAUUAUUCGUUAGCUGCUCCCAAUGACAAGGUAGGAUCGAUUCAGACUUCGGCUCGUGAAACCAGAGCGUAA